AUGUCAUCUGCUUGGACACCAAUUGAUGAAAAAUCAUUAUCGACAAGAAUUAUUAAAAAUGAAAAUGCAGAUGAUGAAGAUAAUAGUAGUCUUUCAAAUACAAGUGGUACAACAUCAUCAUCAACAAAUAGUCGAAUAUCAUUAAGAAAUGCAUUACAACAUAAAGAACAACAACAACAGCAACAACAGCAACAGCAAGUCACUAUUUAUUCAGAACAACCAUCAUCAACGACAACAGUAACAAAUAUAAAUACUGUUUCUUCAAAUGAUUUACAACAAGAACAGUAUCCAUCAACAAAUGAAUCACCUUCAUUUCCUAGCCAAUUUCAACAACAAGGUCAAUUAUCUUAUGCUGAAACAGUAGCAUAUUAUGGAGAUGAUAUAGUCAAUGGUGUUGAUCAUCUUCAACAACAUCAUCAUUCACAAAAUUAUUCCCAUUUACAACAACCUCUUUAUUCUCCUCCAACACCAAAUAAUCAUCAUCAACAAUCGAUUUCAUCACCUCGUUUUAAUUUACAUCAUACAUCACAAUCUGACUAUCGUCAUACAUCUUAUGAUGAAGCAAAUCGUUAUGUUACAAGUGCAAGUACACGUCGUACAUCAACAUCACCAAAUAAUCCUAUUUAUGAAAAUGGUGUUAACCAAGGAUGGACAUCAAAUGAAACACAAUCAUAUUAUGGUUUACCAAAUACUUAUGUACAAACAUCAGCAGCAAAUUUAAAUGAUUUAACAUUUCUUCAACAAACACAAUUAACUAAUAAUACAGAUCAAAUACAAUUUUGGAACGACAAUCCUACAGUUGGUCCAUAUAUUCAAUGUAUAGAUGGAUAUUAUGAUACAACUGAUGGUCGAGAAUGUGUUAAUUGUGGAGCUAUAUCAACACCAUUAUGGCGUCGUGAUGGUACAGGUCAUUAUUUGUGCAAUGCUUGUGGUUUAUUUCAUAAAAUAAAUGGUUCAAAUCGACCAUUACCACGAUUGCCACGACGUCCAGAAGAUGAAGAUCGUCCUCGAACUUCAACUAUUGAAACUGGUCUUCCUGUAGGUGAUCCUGUUUGUUUACCAAAUGUAUCAUCAUUAACCAAUGUUUAUUCUCAUCAUCAUCCAAUACAUCCAAAUCAAAUUUAUCAUUCAUCAACAACACAAUCAUCACGUCGAAAUAAUACGUCGAAAGCAUUAUCGUCACUUGCACUUGGUAAUCCUGAUUCACAUUAUACACCUUAUCCAACAAUGAAAACAAAUACAAAUAAUGGUAAUGAUACAACUAAUUCUCAAACUCAAUUACCAUCAUUUCAUCGAACACAAUCAGAUGAUAUUGCUGUUUCUUCACUUAACAAUACAUCAACGAAUACAGUUCAUAAACAAGCGUUAACAGGUGCACGUCGUUCAGGUUUACAAUGUGCGAAUUGUCAAACACAAAAUACAACAUUAUGGCGACGAAAUAGUGAUGGUGAACCAGUUUGUAAUGCAUGUGGAUUAUAUUUUAAACUUCAUCAGAUUGCACGUCCAAUGAAUAUGGUUAAGCCAGGUAUUCAAACUCGUCGUCGAAAACCAAAAAGUAAUAAUGGAAAUAAUUCCGGUGUUAAUCCAAAUUCGAAAUCUAAACAUAAUAAACAUAUUACAACAACAACAUCAAUUAAAGAACCUGCACCGUGUGCAUCGGAACCAACUCUUGAUUAUGGUUUAGCAACAACACAUAUUGGACGGCAAGGUACAUAUCAUCAUGAAUAUAAUUCCGUACGAAAUGAAUUAUUUCCACAACAUCCUCAUUCUCAUCUUGGUCAUCAUCGACAUCAUCCAUAUGCUACAACACUCGAACAACAUCAUCGUUUUUCAUCUCAACAACCGACUCUUCUUCAAUAUCAACAACAACAACAACAAUCCGAUAUGACAUCUGUUGUAUUUGAUGCUGAACUAUGUGCGAGAGAAAUUGUAUCAUCACCACUUUCGUCUACAGGUUCAUCGAAUGUAGUUAAUGGUGAAGAACAUCAUUCCACUGUACUACCAACAAUUGCAACUGCAGCUGCUACUACUGACUCCCAACCGUGA